AUGGCAGUACCGGCCCAGCCUGAUGCCGCAGGCAUCAGUGCCCUCGCCCAGCUCCCGCUCCUCCCCUUCCUCGCCGCCUCGCCCGGCCCGGCCCUCGUCCUCCCCCUCUCGCCCCUCGUCCUCGCCCUCCGCUCGCGCCAGACCGCGACGCCGCUCAAGUCGCCCGUGUGGAACGUCCAGGGCCAGCACCCGGCAGCCGCGACGGGCAGCACCGGGUCCGCCAAGCCCGCCAUCAAGCGCUUCAGGAGCAACUCGGACGCGAUGCCGACGCUCGCCAACAGCUACAACCACCGCGACGAGCCGUCGCCCGAGGUCCUGCGCGGUAUCGAGAGCCUCAACGUCAAGACGCCCCGCAGCGGCAGCACCGCGUCUGAGCCGUUCGCGGGCGCCGGCACCGGCCCCACCACCUCGUCGACCGACUACUUCUCGCUCGACGCCGUCACGAGCGGCAUCCACCCGCGCCGACCCUCGAGCGCAGCGUCGUCCGAGGCGUCGUCCGCCGACACGCUCCUCGCCGCCUCGCCAAUCGACGGCGCCGAGUCGCCGUUGACCCCGCUCCUCGAGGACGACGAGUCGACGCCCGGCCCGUCGACCUCGUCGUCCGCCAACCCGUUCGCGCCAGCUCCAACCGCCGCCCUCAGCCCCGUCUACCGCAACGAGGCGUGGCGCAACCUCGAGAGCGCUGCGUCUUCGGCCACGCCGCGCGACGUGCCCUUCGCCGUCCCCUCGGCGGUCGGUGCGGCGGCGACUGCGCUCGGCCGGAGCGGGCUCCGGCGGCGCGGGAAAAGGCGUCGGUCGAGCCACGAGGAGGAGGGCGACGCGCUCAUGGGUGCCAUCCCGCCGCACCCUGGGGUCGAGCGCGCCGGGAGCGGCGGUCGGAGUGCGACGCCGCUCAGCCGGGUCGACGAGGUUGAGGAGCACCGCGGCAUGGACACGGACGACGAGGGCGAGAGCAGCGGGAGCGUGAGCGGGACCGACACCGAGACGGAGAACGAGGACUUUGCGAGCGGCGCCAACGGCGACGACGACGAGUCGGGCAACCCGUACGCGUUCCUGUCGGCCGAGGACCAGGCGACGCUCCUCUCGUUCGUGCUCGACCUCGUCGAGGACCGCGACAACGGCUACCCGGGCAACCCGUCGGCCGCGUCGUCGUCCGAGCGCCUUCCGCCGACGACGCUCUCGCCGGCCCCGACGCCCAGCCUCGCCGCCGACGCCGCCUCGCCCAAGUGGACCUCGGCGGCGGCCGCAACAGCACCUUCGCCCGUGUCGUCGAUGCGCACCGUCAUGCCGACGAGGCGCACUCGCGUCGCGAGCCAGGUCCCGCAGACGAUCCGCCUAGGUCCCGCAGACCAUCCGCACAUCGUCUCGGCCACACUGGUCCCGUUCUCUCCGGUCCUCGGCGCGCCGUCGGCCUCGAUGCCGCUCGACGCGUCGGCCGCAUCGCCGUUCGGCUCGCACGCCUCGUCAGCGUCGGGCUUCGUCAUCCUCACCAUGGCGCCUUCAGCUCCAUCGUCCGGCCCGCUCCCCUCGCACUGGCCUCCUCGGCCCUCUUCCACCACGCCUCGCUCUUCCAUCGCCCCACCACAUCGGUCGCCGCCCGUCGCGACAGCCCCGAGCAGUGCGCCGCGCGACGUCGGCAAGGCGUACCAGUCGCCGACGACGACGAGCGAGACGCGCGUCGGGUCCCUCUCGGCCGCCGCCGCCGCCUCGGCCGCCGUCGCGUCGGGCCUGACGUCGUCGGCCGAGGCGCAGGCGCGCGCGUUCCCGCUCGGCGCGCACGAGGACCCGUGGGUGCGCGCGCUCGGCGACAGCGAGAUGGGGCGGCGCAUCCGGGCCCACUCGUGGCACGAGACGCCGCUCGGGCCCAUCAGCGGGUGGCAGCCCGAGCUCAAGACGAUGGUCGCCAGCAUCUUGGCGAGCCCGUUCCGCGAGUGCAUCCUGUGGGGCUCUCGAGCCGAGGACAUCAUCAUCGUCUACAACGACCUGUACAUCGAGACGGCCGGCAUCAAGCACCCGUCGCUCCUCGGCCAGCUGUGCCGAGAAGGGUGGGCCGAGAUCUGGGACGGCCUGCGGUCGAUCGCCGAGCGCGCUCUCGCCGGCGAGACGUGCUUCUUCCGCGACCACUUCCUCGCGAUGGAGCGCAUGGGCUUCACCGAGGAGACCUACCAUACCUUCUCGUAUGCGCCCUUCUACGACAACGAGGGCAACGUCCUCGGCAUCUACAACCUGUCCAUCGAGUCGACGGCAACGGUCGUCGCAGCGCGCCGACUCGCAACGGUUCGCGACCUCGUCCAGAUGACGAGCUUGGCAAGGACUGUCGAGGACUUUUCGACGUCGGCGCUCAAGGUCUUUGCGUCGAACCCGUACGACCUGCCGUUCGUCCAGCUGUUCACGGUCGAGGAGGUCACCAACAAGCCGUCGCGCAAGGAGGUCCGCCUCGGGUACGACCGCAGCACGCGCACCGUCAUCAAGCUCACCAACCGAGGGUCGACCGGCAUCCCCGAGGACCACCCGUUCCUCGUCCAGGAGGCGCUCGUCGACAUCACGCAGCCGACGUCGCGCCAGUCGACCUCGUCGGCGUCGACCUCGACCGGGACGGGCUCGACGGCGACCAUGCUCGACAUGCGCGAGCGCCUCGAGGCGGCCGCCGCCCUGUCGCCGGGCGCCGUCGCCGGAUCGCCCGGACCUUCGUCGGCCUCGUCGUCGACGACGCCGUCGGCCAACGGCGCUCGAGCCGACCCGCGGUGGUCGUGGCCGUUCGAGGAGGCGUGCCUCAAGCGCGACCUGACCCUCGUCGACGACCUCGGCCCGCUCGCCGAGUCGCUCGACCGCACGCACGGGUGGACGUACUCGGUGCGGCAGGCGGUCGUCAUCCCGAUCUUCGUCGAGGUCGGCCAGACGAUCCCGUCGGCCGUCGUCGUGUUCGGCAUCAACUCGAUGAGCAACUUUACGCAGCUCAUGGAGGUCUUCUUCAACCUCGUCGCGCGUCACGUCGCCAUUGGCCUGUUUGCCGUCCUCGCCGCCGAGCAGGACCGCCAACGCGCCGAGGAGCUCAUCAAGCUCGACCGCGCCAAGAGCAACUUCUUCUCGUCCGUGUCGCACGAGUUGAGGACGCCCCUCACCCUCAUCCUCGGCCCGCUCGACGACCUCCUCGGCGGCUCGGAGCGCGACAAGCUCGACCGCACGCACCGCGACCGCCUCGUCCUCGUCCAGCGCCACGCCAACCGCCUCCUCACCAUGGUCAACAAGCUCCUCGACUUUUCCUCGCUCGAGGGCGGCCGCAUGAACUUCAAGUACCGGCCCGUCCAGAUCGGCCCGCUCACGCGCGACAUUGCGAUCCUGUUCCGCGACGCGAUCGAGCGCACCGGCAUCAAGUACGAGAUCCACUGCGACGACGACCCGCCGCACUGCCCGCCGAUCUACCUGAGCCCGGACCUGUGGGACAAGAUCGUGCACAAUGUCAUCUCGAACGCGUUCAAGUACACGCCGUCGGGCAAGAUCACCGUGUCGCUGCGGUCGACGCGCGCCGAGGCGGUCCUGUCGGUCACCGACACCGGCAUCGGCAUCCCCGCCGACUCGCUCGGGCGCGUGUUCGACCGGUUCCACCGCAUCGAGGCCAACUCGCGCAUGGCGACCGGGACCGGCAUCGGCCUCGCCCUCACGCUCGAGCUCGUCAAGCUCCUCGGCGGCCAGCUCGAGGUCGAGAGCGAGCUCGGCCACGGCUCGACGUUCACGAUCCGGCUCCAGCGCGGCCACACGCACCUCCCGAUCGACCAGAUCGACCACACGCCCGAGGACACGCAGCUCGUCGCCCAGUUCCAGAACCGCAACCUCGCCGUCGUCGACGAGGCGGCCUCGUGGCGGUACGACGCCGAGGCGCAGGACGCCAUGGACGCCACCCCGCUCAGCAGCGCCGGCUCGUCCGACCUCGCCAACGGCGGCAGCGAGCCGGGCAACUCGUCGGGCAGCGGCAGCGGGCCGGACGACUACAUGGGCGUCGACGUCCUGAGCCUCCAGAACCGCACGAUCGUGCUCGUCGACGACUCGCGCGACCUGCGCGCCUACAUCUCGAGCCUCCUCACCAAGCACUUUACGGUCGUCGCGUUCGGCGACCCGCGCGAGGCGCUCGAGCACAUCCGCAAGUCGCCGCCGUCGCUCGUCCUCACCGACGCCAUGAUGCCGCACAUCUCGGGCAUGGAGCUCACGACGGCCCUGCGGCGCGACCCGUCGACGACGCUCGUGCCCAUCAUCAUGGUCUCGGCCCAGGCCGGCACCGAAGCGCGCGCCGAGGCGCUCGAGGGCGGCGUCGACGACUACCUCGUCAAGCCGUUCCAGGCGCGCGAGCUCCUCGCCCGAGUGCGCGUCCACCUCCAGCUCGGCCUCCUGCGCGCCGAGCUCGAGCGCCGUGUCGACGAGCGCACGCGCGCCCUCAUCGAGUCUGAGGCGCAGAACCGCGCCCUCGCGAGCCGGUACGCCAUGCUGUCGACCGUGUCGCCCGUCGGCGUCGUCCAGAUCGACAACCAGGGCCACCCGGUCUUCUGCAACCCGCGGUGGUUCGAGAUCUGCGGCAUGGCGCUCGGCCGGCCGCUCGUCGAGUGGACCGAGCAGAUCGUGCCCGACGACCUGCAGAAGGUCGACAACGCGUGGAAGGCGGCGACCGGCGGCGAGAAGACCGAGGCGCCCGAGCGCCAGUUCCGCCUCAAGAACGGCCGGUGGGCCCAGCUCGAGAUUCGUGCGUCGACCGAGGUCGGCCUGCCUGACGGCUACGUCGGCGCCCUCACCGACAUCACGCGCCAGAAGGAGAUCGAGAUGCUCCACAUCCGCGAGGUCGAGCAGCGCGCCGUCGACGCCGAGGAGAACCGCCGCAACACCGAGAUGUUCCUCGACAUGUCGUCGCACGAGCUGCGCAACCCGCUGAGCGGCGUGUGGCAGAACGCCGAGGUCGUGUCGACGUCGCUCGCCAAGUACGUCGAGCUCAUCGACGGCCUGCGCCACGGCCAUGCCGCGCCGCAGCGCGUUCUCGACGCCCUGUACGACGAGAUGCUCGAGAACGUCGAGGCCGUCGAGUCGAUCAUCCUGUGCGCGUCGCACCAGGGCCGCAUCGCCGACGACAUCCUCAACGUGUCGAAGCUUAACAUGGGCCUGCUCAGCAUCAACGUCGCCCCGUUCGACCUCGUCGCAGCUGUACGCGAGGUCGUCAAGACGUUCGAGGUCCAGAGCCACCAGCAGCAGAUCAGCCUCGUCGUCGAAAAGGGCUCGUCGCUCGACGACCUCAUGGUCGAGUUCAUCGCGGCCGACGCCGGGCGCAUCAAGCAGGUCCUGUACAACUUCCUCACCAACGCGCUCAAGUACACACUCGACUCGCUGCGCAAGCGCGUCACGGUCCACGUCGAGGCGUCGCCCGGUCCGCCCGUGCAGCCGGCCUCGGCCAUGCGCGUCGCCGCGCCCAACCCGUCCUUCCUUUGCCCGGACGACAUGGUCUGGGUCGUCAUCUCGGUCCAGGACAGCGGCAAAGGGCUCAGCCCCGAGCAGCUCAAGCUCCUGUUCGCGCGCUUCUCGCAGGCCAACCCCAAGAGCGACCAGUACGGCGGGUCCGGGCUCGGCCUGUACGUCAGCAAGAAGCUCAUCGAGCUCCACGGCGGCUUUAUCGAGGUCGAGUCGCAGCUCGGCGAGGGCUCGACGUUCCGGUUCGCGAUCCCGGCGUCGCGAGCGCAGCGAGCCGCCUCGCCGCCCGGCGGCCUCGGCCUUCCCAAGUCGGCACUCCUUGCCGGCGGCGACAAGGGCGCGCGAGGCGCCGGCCUGCCCAUCACGCUCCCGCCGGCGUCGCCCUCGCCAACGGUCGGCCCGUCGAGCGCGGGAGCAGGAGGCGAGAACGAGGAGAGGAGGAGGGUGUUGAUCGCCGAGGACAACCUCGUGAACCAGAGGGUCCUCAUGCGGCAGCUCAAGAUGUCCGGUUACGACGUGACGGUCGCCAACAACGGCCAGGAGGCGCUCGACGCGCUCAUGGCCGACUCGCUCAAGCUCUCGACGGGCGGGCGCGGCGCCGACACGCCAAUCGACGUUGUCCUCAUGGACAUCGAGAUGCCCGUCAUGGGCGGCUUGGAGGCCAUUCGCGAGCUGCGCCGACGAGAAGCCGCCGGCGAGAUCUCGCGACGAUGGCCCGUGUGCGCCGUAACCGGCAACGCUCGCGAGGCGCAGCAGAACGAGUGCCUCGCCGCCGGGUUCGACGACGUCGCGACCAAGCCGUACCGCCUCCAGGACGUGCUCGACAAGAUCAGGCGCAUGACGGGCUCGCCGACGCCCGGGCCUGCGUGA